UCCGGGUCGUGGGCGCAGCUCUGCGGCUCCUGCGGCGGCCGAAGAGGUGGUCGGGAAGUAGGUGCUUCCUGCUGGGCUGCUCGCUCCUCCGCUUCUGUCCGCUCCGCGGCGGGAAGCGCCUUCCCCACAGGGAGUGAACCAUGAAGGGAUCUGGGAAGAACAUUUGAAGCAAAAAGGACAGACAGUGCGAAGACCCUAAAGCAAGACUAUCUUGCCAUAUUGAAAACCAGCAAGGGACCAGUAUGACUGCAGCAGAGGGAAUGAAGGAGUAAGGGGCAGAAGGACAUCAAUGCAAGCCUGAAUAAGAAAAACAAUUUCUUCCUUCUAAGCCAUGGCAUAUCAGUUAUACAGAAACACCACUUUGGGAAACAGUCUCCAGGAGAGCCUUGAUGAGCUCAUACAGUCUCAACAGAUCACCCCCCAACUUGCCCUUCAAGUUCUACUUCAGUUUGAUAAAGCUAUAAAUUCAGCAUUGGCGCAGAGGGUCAGGAACAGAGUCAAUUUCAGGGGCUCUCUAAAUACAUACAGAUUCUGCGAUAACGUGUGGACUUUUGUUUUGAAUGAUGUUGAAUUCAGAGAGGUGACAGAACUUAUUAAAGUGGAUAAAGUGAAAAUUGUAGCCUGUGAUGGUAAAAAUACUGGCUCCAAUACUACAGAAUGAAUUGAAAAAAAAAAUGGCUUUUUUAACGCCAUCUUCUGUUAUUAUUCAUCGCUUUUUUGAAGAGAAGCAUAGAAGAGACUUUUUUUUUAUUUAUUCUGGCAUCGCAGAAAUGACUACACUGUGUUAUAUAUACUAUCAGAAUUCCAAUAGAAAGCCUAUAACUCUAGCCUCUUACAUUACCUUUUCAGCAUGAAGAAACAGAAGUUUUUUUUAAUAACAAACAUUGUUGCCUUCCUAAGAACAUUCUUGAAUAAACUCAUUUUAAAACUCA